CGUUAAGUUUCCAAACGUCCCUGAUGAAUUUAAGGUGUAGUAACAUUAACACACGUCAACUCAGCUAUUUAUUGAUUAUUAAACAAUGUUGCUAUUGUCCGAAGUAAGCUAGCAAGCUAACACUCUGCUCCAACAACGGUAACUACAAUGCAUUGAACUAUUAAUUUCAUGCACUUCAUCACAUUGACAUUACUGUACCUCUAUCUUUUUCACGUUUUUCUUCCUCUUCUUUCCUUCUUUUCCUUCCUUGGGCGCCGGAUGGCUUCAGUCUUUUGGACAUAAUUUCGAUACAGUGUCAUUAAUCUUUUUCUUCGUCUCUGGGUCACGGUCCGGUCAGAUUCAGGCAGCUGGCCUCUUGACCCCGCCCCCCUCACCUCUGUGAGCAACGGCUCGUUUCACCCAGAAAAAAGGCUUCUGCAUUAUUUAAUAGUCUUUGCUAUGACUUUAUGUUGCUGUGGGCUUAUAUAAUAUUUCGAAUAUAUAUAUAUAGUAUAUAUUUUUAUUUUUUUUUAUUUUUUUUUUUCCCCGUUUUCGGCGCCCCCUACGGAUGACGGCGCCCCUAGCAUUUGCCUAUACUGCCUAUGCCCAGGGCCGGCUCUGCCCAAAAGGCCGAGAAGCAAUGGCCCACAAGUGUCUGGGGCCAACUCAAAUUCUUGGCACACAAGUUACUUGUUGUGGUGCCAUGUUUGUAAGUGUGCAUAGCAAACGCUGCUGCUGAUCACCUCCGCCCCAAGGUAAUCUAAGUGCACCUCUGAGUCUUGAAUCAAGACUCAUGAUAGACAGCUGCUUGACAUUUGACACACUCAAAGGGCGCAGCCAUACAGCAAAGCCCACCAAAAAUCACUUAAACUCUUGAACGUUCCUCUCCACGGAAAUCUUUAGUAAAAGGGCGAAAGACUUGUGCAUUUUGAAGAAAAACCAGAGUCAACAUAGCUCCUCUCCUUGAGAGCAGCCAAGGAGUCUAUCCGCCGGAGUCAACGCAGUCUCGGUCGGCCCGGCCGGCCACCAUGGGACAGCCUUUCUUCAAUGUUUUUGGUUUGUCGGCCAUUAAACCGCCCACAUUUGACUGCAUGUUUGGAAGCGCAUUCUUACUGUUGGUUGUGUGCUGCAGUUUUCUAUCGAUCGCUGAGGCUGUGGCACAUUUGAAGCGGCAGCUUCAGCAGCAGACUCAGGAAGACAAAGACUCAGGAAGACAAAGACAAAGGAGUCUAAACCGGAGUCUAACAAUGAGGCUAAUGAGGCCAAGUACCUGGCUGCAAUUGUUUUUCUAACUUUCACAUAUGUGCACUUUUUCCAUUCCUGUUUAUGUUUCCUCUCGCAGAUAUUACAAACCUCACAUUCACUCACAGCAUCACCGUAAUCUAUCCUCACUUAUAUAUCCCACCCGCUCCUCACACAUCCAACACCUUGUUGCAGGGGGCCUGUGUGCCAGUCAGCUACACGCAAGACUGAGUUCAUCUCUGGCUUUGCUACUGAGCAAUGCCUGGACUUCCUUGCUCUCACUGAGACUUGGAUACUACCCUCCAACACAGCCACCCCUGUGGCUCUCUCCUCCACCCACUCUUUCUCCCACACACCCAGAUCCACUGGAAGAGGUGGUGAGACAGGUCUGCUCAUCAACCCCAGCUGGACUUUCACUCUUUACCCACUGCCACACUUCUCUUCACAGUCAUUUGAAUGUCAUGCUGUAACUAUAACUCACCUAGUAAAACUAAUCAUUGUUCUCAUCUACCGUCCACCAGGCCCAUUGGGACACUUCUUGGAGGAACUGAUGUCCUCCUUUCAAACAUCGCAGAAAAUGGCCCACCACUUGUUCUUCUUGGCGACUUCAACAUCCAGUCAGAGAAGUCAUCCGAUCUACUUAUUUUAAUUUCCUCUCUUUCUCUCUCACUUGCUCCUUCUCCACCAACUCAAAAAGCUGGCAACCACCUUGACCUAAUUUUCACCAGAAACUGCUCCACCUCUAACCUCAAGGUAACUCUACUUCAUGUCUCUGGUCAUUUCUUCAUAUCCUACUCUCUCCCACUCUCCCAAUCUGAUGAUCUCAUCUCAUCAGAUAUUGCACUUGUCCGUCUUAACAUUCGAUCUCUCUCCCCCUCCUCUCUGUCCUCAACUGUUCUAUCAGCACUUCCUUCAGCUGACUCCUUCUCCCUCAUGCAUCCCUCUCUUGUUUACAUGUUGCACAACAUCCAAAGGAUACGACCUCUUCUAACCCAGAAGGCAGCACAGGUUCUGGCCCAGCCUCUUGUCAUCUCACGCUUGGACUACUGCAACUCCCUCCUGGCUGGUCUCCCUGCGUGUUCCAUAUGACCUCUGCAACUCAUCCAGAAUGCAGCAGCUCGACUGGUCUUCAACUUACCAAAAUUCUCCCACACUACACCGCUCCUCCACUCCCUUCACUGGCUUCCUAUAGCUGUUCGCAUCCGCUUCAAGACUCGAUCCAUGCUACAAACGGAUCCGGUCCAGCCUAUUUCACCAUUCAAGUGCCACAACUGCAACAACAAUCAACUUUCUACUGAGACAGACAAACCCAACUUAAAGGGUUUUUUCGAUCAGUUUGAUCAAACCUUAAUUAUUUUGGAAGAUUAUUUGUUCUUUAUUCAAUACAUAUUUGAUACUUGCUCUGCUUUCCUUUUCCAGAUCAACGCUGAGUUUAUGCGAAUUACAACAGUUCCCUUGGAGACAAAGUUCUUGGCGCAGUUGGACAAGCACAUGUCCAAACUGCUGGAUGUCAUCAGGAGCAAGGGAGGACGUGUGCAAGAACAGACCAAGAGGACCUUGCAGGUUUUAGAUGAGACUGUGGACAUCACAAUAAGAAGAGAGUGCAUCCUUAAAUCUUUGAUGAUCUACCUGGGUGAACCUGUUCAUCACCUCAUCAAAGAAUACCAGGAAAAUGAAGCUGACGAACUGGAGCAGGCAACGAUGGCUAUCGUUGUCAGUGGACAAGAGGACAUUAAAAUAGUCAUCGAUGGAAUAGAGGUCCUGAAAGAGGUGCCCACAACUGCUGCGGCUGUUGCAAUGUUCUUCGGGCUCACCUACGCACUCAAACUAAAAUAUCCGAAAAAUUUGCAGCACACCCUUGAAUUUGUGCAAAAAGUCCUGAUGGAGCUUGGUGGAAAAAAUAUGUCCCCAAAAGUUCAUAGGCUGAGCACCCUGCUUUACAACCCAGAGUAGGCAGAGUUGAAUUCAACUCACUCGCCUGAUUUUGUUUUCCCAUUGCUGAGAACAAUUUAUAAUGUUUCUACAACCAAGACUUUGUACCCUUUUGAGGUUGGUGUUCGGAGUUUGCACUUGCAUGACAGCAUUUCCACUGCAAUAUUGACAAAAGUUUCUGCCCAAGUUAUCACAGGCACGAGUGGGCAGUGUGCUGAAAACUGGAGAGUGACUGCAUUUGCACUGCAGUGUUUGCACAGAUUUUUGAAUGUCAGAUUUUUUAGCCCAAGAGAGGGCCAGGAGCUACCUCACAUGUUUGCAUUGAAUUAAGGAGAUUCACACAAAUCAUCUGACAACACUUUAUUUUAAGGAAUAAUACCUGUAUUACGUUCCAUUUUGAAAUAGGACAAUUUUCUGAUUUUGUUUUUAGGAGCAUUUUCUGUUACUAUUAGUAACUUAUUUUAGUCAGUAUUUAAUUUACAUUUUCAAGCGAACAAACUGCAUGUAUGGUACAUUUGGUUCUCGCUGAACAGAAACAGACAUUUCUUGGUUGCUCUUUGUAUUUGAGAAGGACUGUUCUAAAGGACUAUGUUUAACUAUUUU